CAGAAGCCCGUUUAUUAACAGUGUUGUCGAAAGUUGGAUUCAAUUGUCCUACCGGAGCCUGAAGUCUCACCGGUGUUUGUCUCAGUUUUGAAGUCUGCGUCUCCACUUCAGUUUUGGGUGCCGUAAGAAUGGCGUUAUGGAUGGAGGCGGGUUCUGAACCAAAAACAGAUAAAGAAUUGGCUGACUUUGAGGCUAUCUCCGCUCUUAAACAGUCUACCGCUUUUGAACUUAAGUUGGCCAUCCUUCCUACAUUACAGGAAAAAGGCAAUGAAUAUGUCAAGAUGGGAAAGAAGCAUUACUCAGAUUCUAUUGAUUGCUAUACAAGGGCAAUAAAUCAGAAUGCUUUAAGUGAUGCUGAGCAGUCAAUUCUCUAUUCAAACAGAGCUCAUGUCAAUCUUCUCUUGGGGAAUUAUAGACGUGCACUCCAAGAUGCAGAAGAUGCAACCAAAUUAAAUCCAAGUAAUGUUAAGGCUCUUUAUAGGGCAGCGAAAGCAUCAUUUUCUCUGAAUCUGUUGCCUGAAGCAAAAGGGCUCUGUGAGAAAGGUCUUCAGCACUCGUCAUCUAAUGAAGAGUUGAAGAAGCUUGCUAAGCAAAUUGAUAUUGAGAUAGCAAAAGAGGAACGGCGUGAUGCUGAAGUGUCUAAAGCAGUAUUUUCUGCUAAGGCCCUUGUUUCUGCAUUUGAGACGAGAGGAUUGAAGAUUGGGAACCCCAUGUAUCAAGAACUCACUGGACUAAAAAAGCCGACAUUAGACAAGAAUAAUAUUCUUCAUUGGCCCGUCCUCCUUCUGUAUCCAGAGAUUAUGUCCAGUGACUUCAUAGAGGAGUUCUGUGAGACUGACAUGUUUUCAGCUCAUCUUGAUAUGAUGUUUUCAGAAGGUUGUCCACCUCUGCCAUGGGACAAAGAAAAUGCUUACACCCGUGAUGCUGUUGAGUUGUAUUAUGAGGCUUGUGCUGGUGUCUGUUUAUCCAAGCGGGAUAUUCUUCGGUAUCUGCUGGAAGGAACAGCUGCUUCUCAUGUGGAUGACUCUGGUAAUGGGGAGAUUGGUUCUGCUCAGAGUUCAACCAAGGGUAACAUUUCACUAGCGGAUAUUCCUAGAUGGGUUAAAUUUAAUGAGAAGAGAACACUUUAUAAUGUUCUAAAGGAACCGAGUUGUGUAGUUCCUGGGAUUCCUGUGUUUUGGGUUGUCUCGAGGAACUCCAGCUUCUAUAAAGACUUCAAAUCUGGAAAUUGGUCUCCUCCAGAACUGGCAUGAAUUUGUUGUGGAGUUGCGAGUCCAUUAUGAGUUCUUAUUGUCUUGCAAGUACACUCUGUUCAAUACACCCCGUUACAUCUUUGAUAAUGUAACUGGUGUUGAUUUGAUAAUAGUUGAUUUUGUCCAUGUAGAGAGUCUUAGGGUUCUUGCUCAUAUUUUGUAGAUUAUAAGCUGUGCAAAUCUCUCAAGUUUCUGCUGUUUGUGGGUGCAAAAUUAUGGGAAGGAAGAUAAUUGUGUUUACAUGGUUAACAAAAAUGUGUGUGUUUGGGGGCGGGGGGAGGGGGUGUCGGUCGUGGUUGUGAUCAUGUAGAAGGCUAGACUGUUUUAUUUUUUAUCUGAUGAAUAUUCACCUUGUUAGUGAGGGGUUUGAUUCCUCAUUCGGCAUGUAAGAAUAUAUAUAUAUAUAUAUAUUGUAUAUCAGCAUAUACUUGUUAUAA